GAAAAGGGCGUCGUCAGCCCGUGUGGGGGGGGGGGUCUGAGAAGGGCGAGCCAGAUUCCGCCCCAUUAAGAGGCGGCCUGUUCCCCUGAUCUAUCCAGGAUCGCUCCGGCCCUCCCAUCCCCCCACCCACAUCAGGGAUCGGAGGUUCUUCCUCCCCCUCGGCCUUUGAUGUGCAGCCGGUGCGUGUGUGAGUGAGGGGGUGGAGUUCUGCAGUGCGGCGUCGAUGGAUGUGAUCGCUUCAUCCAUUGUUCUAGGAUUCGAAUUUGCGCCCCCUCCCCUUCAUCCGGUGCCCGGCGGAGACGCGUGGGCACGCUUUCAGACGUGCUGCCGGUGACGCGUGGAGGGGGUCGCUCGCCGUGGAACGCAACGCGCGUGGCGGAAGACUUGCCCCCAAAGGGAAGAGGUCUUGGAAGUGUCUUAGUCAGGACCAUCUUUGCCUUGAAACAGACACUGGAAGAAGGACAAGCAGGGGGCUCCCAUGGAGCACAGAUCGAAGAUGGAAGAGCAAGACCCAGCUGGCCCUGAAAGAAUAAGAUGCCCUGAAGCCACUGAGAUUGGGAGCAGCAGGGAAUUCUGGGGAAGAGCCAUGCAGAAGAUCCGAAGUGAGGACACUCUUGGCUCAGAAGGACACCAACAACGUUUCGGCCAUAUCGCCCAGGCUGAGAGCAGUGGGGAAUUCUGGAGGGAAACAGUGCUGGAGAUCCCAGAUCAGGAGACCUUUGGCUCAGAUGUGCGUUUCAGGCAGUUCCGCUACCCGGAGGCUGAGGGGCCCCGAGAGGUUUGCAGCCAACUCCACCAUCUUUGCUGUCAGUGGCUGAAGCCAGAGCAGCACACCAAGAACCAGAUCCUGGACUUGGUGAUCCUGGAGCAGUUCCUGGCUGUCCUCCCACCGGAGAUGGCGAGCUGGGUGAGGGAGUGUGGAGCGGAGAGCAGUUCCCAGGCGGUGGCCCUGGCCGAAGGUUUCCUCCUGAGCCAGGCAGAGGAGAAGAAGCAGGAAGAUCAGCAGGUAAAGGGUCUGUUUUCAGAAGCGGCCACUAAUUUACUUGAGGCAGUGGAAGCUCUACCAGACACUGGAGAGAAUACCCUGAGAAGAGGGAGUGCCCAGGAGAGCAAUGGAGAUAGCCUCUUGCUGGGUGAUGGAAUGAUGCCAGCAAGACCUCCUCAGCCGUCUCUUCCAUGUGGUGGAGGGGAAGCAGCUGCUGUAGCACCGGAUCAGGGUCCCGUGUCCUUUGAGGAGGUGGCUGUGUUUUUCACGCAGAAAGAGUGGGCUCUGCUGGAUCCUGACCAGAGAGCACUGCAUUGGGAAGUCAUGGAGGAGAAUUAUCAGCUUGUCGCCUCUCUUGAGGAUGACAAAUGUGAAACCUCGAUUAAUGGAGAACCACAUGAGCUGUCACCAGAAAGAGAUGUAUGUAAAAAAGGGGAACAGCAGAAAACUGAAGCAGAUCAGAACAGCUGGAAUAAAUCCUUUGCUCCUGAGGACAGUAACUACCAUGAAAUUGCAAUAAAAGAAAUAACAGAUGAAAUAGGGGAAACAAGCACAGCCUGUGUGUAUUGGGAAAGUUUCAAUUCUCAAUCAGAAUGUACAGCUCAUUGCAAGAUCCACACAGUUGCAAAAUCAAAUAAAGGUUUGGAAUGUGGAAACAGCUUUGAUCAGAAGAUAACUGUCACUUCUAAUCAAAUAAUUCACAAAGGGGAGAAACCGUUUCAGUGCAUGGAGUGUGGAAAGAGUUUCAAUCAGAAGAUACAUCUCACUUCACAUCAAAUAAUUCACACAGGGGAGAAACCGUUUCAAUGCAUGGAAUGUGGAAAGAGCUUCAAUCAGAAGAUACAUCUCACUUCCCAUCAAAGAAUUCACACAGGGGAGAAACCGUAUCAAUGCUUGGAGUGUGGAAAACGCUUCAGUGAGAAGACGAAUCUCAUUGCUCAUCAAAGAACUCACACAGGGGAAAAACCAUAUCUAUGCAUGGAAUGUGGAAAGAGUUUCAGACUGAGGUCUACCCUUACUUCUCAUCAAAGAAUUCACAGAGUUGAGAGACAGUAUAAAUGUUUGGAAUGUGGAAGGGGCUUCAGUCAGAAGAUACAUCUCACUUCGCAUCAAAGAAUUCACACAGGGGAGAAACCAUAUCAAUGCAUGGAAUGCGGAAGGAGCUUCAUUAGGUAUUCAAACCUUACUUCUCAUCAAAAGAUUCACACAGGGCAGAAACUAUAUCAGUGCAUGGAAUGUGGAAAGAGCUUUAGUCAGAGUUCUACCCUUAGUUCUCAUCAAAGGAUUCACAGAGUGGAGAAGCCAUAUAAAUGCUUGGAAUGUGGAAAGGGCUUCACACAAAAGAUACAUCUCAUUGCCCAUGAAAGAAUUCAUACAGGGGAGAAACCAUAUCAGUGCAUGGAAUGUGGAAAGAGCUUCAUUAGAUGUUCAAACCUUACUUCACAUCAAAGAAUUCACACAGGUGAGAAACCAUAUCAUUGCUUGGAAUGUGGAAAGAGCUUCAGUCACAAGAUCAAUCUCACUUCCCAUCAAAGAAUUCACACAGGGGAGAAACCAUACCAGUGCAUGGAAUGUGGAAAGAGCUUCAGUCAGAAGAGUAAUCUCACUUCUCAUCAAAGAAUUCAUACACAGGAGAAACCAUAUCAAUGCAUAGAAUGUGGAAAGAGCUUCAGUAGUAAGAUGAAUCUCAGUUAUCAUCAAAGAAUUCACAGAAGUGCUUGGAAUAUGGAACAAGAUUCUCCCAAUUUAACUCUGUUUCACGUUGAAGAACCUACAUAUGAAAUGCACUAUUUAGAUGAAUAUCAAGCAAGGAGCCAUAUAAAUGUUCUGAGCAACAAUGACAAACAAGCUGUCAUCAUGCAGCAUGACAAUAGCCUUUCAUGGUGGCUAGUGGGCUCAGCACAGCGGGUGAACAGGCAAGGCAUGGCAGAGUAUCAAAGAACAGAUGGAUGGGUGAAAAGGUGCUGCAUGGCCCAAGACCUUCAAGGCAGGAAAGGGAGCAGGGAGGAAAGGAAGAGAGAACAUACCUCCACAGAGCACAGAUCGUGGAUCUCAGUUUCUGCGGGACUCAAAGCUUGUGGGCUCCUCGGAAGGAGAGGCCGAGCACUGCUGGGAACAGGAGGCCGCCCUGUGUGGGACGUAAUAGCGCCUCCAGGUAGGGCAGCCUUUGGCAGAAGAGGGAGGAAGAGGUGCUUGGGUCCAGUUGGAAGCUUCCUUGGAGCACUGAAGAUGGAAGAGGAGAACUCAGCUGGCCCUGAAGCAAGAAGAGACCCUGAUACCAUCAAGACUGGGAGCCCUGGGGAAUUCUGGGAAAGAGCCAUGCCAAAGAUCUUGGCAGAGGACACCCGCAACCAGCAUUUCGGGCAGAUCCGCUACCAGGAGGCCAAGGGCCCCCAAGACGUUUGUGACCAGCUCCACAACCUCUGUCGGCAGUGGCUGAAGUCAGAGCCACACACAAAGAAUCAGAUUCUGGACAUGGUGAUCCUAAAGAAGUUCUUGACUGUCCUUCCACCAGAGAUAGAGAGCUGGGUCAGAGAAUGUGGAGCGGAGAGCAGUUCCCAGGCUGUGGCCCUGGCCAAAGGCUUCCUCCUGAGUCAGGUCGAGGACAAGAAGCAGGCAGAGCAGCAGGGUCUGUUUACAGAAGCGGCCACUGGUUUUCCUGAGGCAGAGAAAGUUCUGUUGGACACCAGGGAGGGUCCCCUGCCAAGUAGUGUCCAGGAGGGUGACAGAGGUGACCCAUCGAUUGGAGAUGCAAUGAUGCCAGCAAGACCUAUUCAGCCAUCUCUUUAUUGUGGAGGGGAAGCAGCUGCUGUGGCACCAGAUCAGGGUCUAGUGUCCUUUGAGGAUGUGGCUGUAUAUUUCUCGGAAGAGGAGUGGGCUCUGCUGGAUCCAGACCAGAAAGUGCUGCACAGCGAAGUCAUGGAGGAGAAUUAUCAGCUUGUUGCCUCUCUUAAAGGUGAUGAAUGGGAAGCCAAGAAUAACAGAGAAUUAUGUUACUUGUCCCUGGAAAGAGACAGAGGUAAAAAGAGUAAACAUCAGAGAAGGAAAACUGAAGCAAAUCAGAGCAUGUGGAAUACAUGCUCUGCUUCUCGGAACAGUAACUACAAGGAAAUUGCAAUCAAAGAACAAAAGGAUAAAAGAAAGGGAACAAGUAAAUGGUGUAUUUAUUGGGAAAGUUACAGUUAUGACUCAGAAUGUAAAGCUGUUUGCAAAAUCGAUACAGGGGAGAAACCAUAUCAGUGCUUGGCGUGUGGGAAGAGCUUUAGUCAGAAAAAAAUUCUCACUGCUCAUCAAAAAACUCACACAGGGGAGAAACCGUAUAAAUGCUUAGAAUGUGGAAAGAGCUUCAGCUGGAAGCAAAGUCUCACUGAUCAUCAAAGAAUUCACACUGGGGAGAAACCAUAUAAAUGCUCAGAAUGUGGAAAGAGUUUCAGUUCGAGUUCCCAUCUCACUUACCAUCGCAGAAUACACUUUGGGGAGAAGCCAUAUAAAUGCUUGGAGUGUGGAAAAAGCUUCACACAGAAGAUACAUCUCACUUACCAUCAAAGAAAUCACACAGGGGAGAAACCAUAUAAAUGUUUGAAGUGUGGAAAGAGCUUUAGUGAGAAAAAAAUUCUCACUGAUCAUCAAAAAACUCACACAGGGGAGAAACCCUAUAAAUGCCUGGAAUGUGGAAAGAGCUUUAGUCAGAAAAAAACUCUCACUGAUCAUCAAAAAACUCACACAGGGGAGAAACCAUAUAAAUGCUUGGAGUGCGGAAAGUGCUUUACACAGAAGAUAAAUCUCACUUCUCAUCAAAGAAUUCACACAGGGGAGAAACCAUAUAAAUGCUUGGAAUGUGGAAAGUGCUUUACACAGAAGAUAAAUCUCACUUUUCAUCAAAGAAAUCACACAGGGGAGAAACCAUAUCAGUGCUUGGAGUGUGGUAAGAGCUUUAGUCAGAAAAAAACUCUCACUGCUCAUCAAAAAACCCACACAGGGGAGAAACCAUAUAAAUGCUUGGAAUGUGAAAAGAGCUUCAUGCAGAAGAUACAUCUCACUUAUCAUCAAAGAAAUCACACAGGGGAGAAACCAUAUCAGUGCUUGGAGUGUGGAAACCGCUUCACACAGAAGAUACAUCUCACUUAUCAUCAGAGAAAUCACACCGGGGAAAAGCCAUAUCAGUGCUUGGAGUGUGGAAAGAGCUAUAGUCAGAAAAAAAUUCUCACUUACCAUCAAAGAAAUCACACAGGGGAGAAACCAUAUAAAUGCUUAGAAUGUGGAAAAAGCUUCAGUUGGAAGCAAAGUCUCACUGAUCAUCAAAGAAUUCACACAGGUGAGAAACCCUAUAAAUGCUUGGACUGUGGAAAGAGCUUUGGUACAAGCUCCCAUCUCACUUCUCAUCGCAGAAUUCACACCGGGGAGAAACCAUAUAAAUGUUUAGAGUGUGGUAAGAGAUUCACACAGAAGAUACAUCUCACUUAUCAUCAAAAAACUCACAUGGAGAAACCAUAUAAAAACAAUAUCUUGGCUUUGCAGGACUUGGUUGAACCUCCAAUUCUGCCAGUCUUUGCCUGGAGGCAGUCAAUGGCCGAAGAAGUGAGAGCUCAUUCAGCCUUCACGGAGGCUUUCUUGGGGCACAGAUCAAGGAUGGAAGAGGUAGACCCAGCUGGCCUUGAAGCAGGAAGAGGACCUCAUAUUGUUCAGGCUGGGAGCCGUGGGGAAUUCUGGGAAAGAGUCAUACAGAAGAACAUGAGCGAGGAGGACACUCUUAUUGCAGAUGUACAGCGUCGGCGUUUUCGGCAGCUCCGCUACCAGGAGGCUGAGGGGCCCCGAGAGCUUUGCAGCCGACUCCAUGAUUUUUGCUGUCGUUGGCUGAAGCCAGAGCAACACACAAAAACUCAGAUCCUGGACCUGGUGAUCCUGGAGCAGUUCCUGGCUGUCCUUCCCCCGGAGAUAGAGAGCUGGGUAGAGGGUCUCUUUGCGGAAGUGGCCACUGAUUUCUUUGAGGCAGAGAGGACUCCACUGGACACCAGGGAGGGGCCACAGGCAGGUGACAAAUGGGAAACACAGAAGAGUGACCUGCUGCCUAAAGUGUCACCAGAAAAAGGCAGAUGUAAAAAGAGCAAACUGCACAUAGGUCAGCAGCCAUAUAAAUGCUUGGAGUGUGGAAAGAACUUCAGACUGAGUGCAAGCCUCACAAACCAUCGAAGAACUCAUAUGGGGGAGAAACCAUAUAAAUGCAUGGAAUGUGGAAAGGGCUUCAGUCUGAACAGAGACCUUGCUUAUCAUCAAAUAAUCCAUACUGGAGAGAAACCAUACCAAUACCUUGCUUGUCAUCAAAGAAUUCACACUGGCGAGAAACCAUACCAGUGCUUGGAAUGUGGAAAGAGCUUCAAUAGGAGCACAAAUUUCCGACUACCUUUGCCCUUAGAGAGAUAUCGGCCGAAAAAGGAAGAGGCUUCCUUUGAGCACAGAUCAAAGAUGGAAGAGGAAGAUCCUGCUACCUCUGAAGCAGGAAGAGGCCCCAAUACUCUCAAGAUUUGGAGCAGUGGGGAAUUCUGGGAAAGCUUUGUGCAGAAGAUUCUGAAUGAGGGAGACACCCUCAGCUCAGACAUACAGUGCCAGCUUUUCAGGGAGAUCCGCUACCAGGAGGCCGAGGGACCCCGAGAGGUUUGCAGUCACCUCCACCGUCUUUGCAGUGAGUGGCUAAAGCCAGAGCGACACACAAAGAACCAGAUCCUGGACAAAGUGAUCCUGGAGCAGUUCCUGACUAUCCUUCCCCCGGAGAUGGAGAGCUGGGUCAGAGAAUGUGGACCAGAGACCAGUUCCCAGGCAGUGGCCCUGGCCGAAGGUUUCCUUCUAAGUAAAGAAAAGGACAAAAAGCAGGAAGAGCAGCAGGUAAAGGAUCUGCUAACAGAAAUGAGAACUCACUUCCCUAAACCAGAGAGGACUCCAUCAGACCCCAGACACAGGCCUCUGGGUGAUGGAAUGAUGCCUGCAAGACCCCCUCAUCCAUCUCUUCUUUGUGGUGGAGCAGAAAGAGCGGCUGUGGAACUGGAUCAGGGUCCUGUUUCCUUUGAGGAUGUGGUUGUGUAUUUUACAGAAGAGGAGUGGGCCCUGCUGGACCCUGACCAGAGAGCUUUGUAUGAAGAAGUCAUGGAGGAAAAUUGUGGGGUUCUGGCCUCUCUCGAAGGUGGUGAAUGUGGAACCGAGGAUAAGGGAGAAGUACUUGGAAAACAGACACAGGAAAGAGGCAGAUGUAGAAAGAGGGAAGAUCAGAGAAGAAAAACUGAAGCAGGAGAGAAGAUGAGGAAGAAAUUGACUGCAUCUCAAGGAAGUGACUGCCAUGAAAUCGUAGACAAAGAAAAAGCAGAUAAAAGAAAGGAAACAAGUAAUUACAAAGUACAUUGGGAAAGUAUUGUUUCUGCAACAAGAUGUAAAUCGUACUGCAAAUUCCACACAGGGGAGAAGACUUAUAGAUACUUGGAGUGUGGAAAGACUGUCAGCGAGAGCUCCCAUGUCAGUUUUCAUCAGAGAAUUCACACUGGGGAGAAACCAUGCUUGGAAUGUGGGAAGAGUUUCAGAGACAGUUCUAAACUUUCUAUCCACCAAAGGAUCCAUACAGGGGAAAAACCAUAUAAAUGUUUGGAAUGUAAAAAGAACUUCAGUCAGAAGAUACAUCUCACUGAUCAUCAAAGAAUUCAUACAGGGGAGAAACCAUAUAAAUGCUUGGAGUGUGGAAAGAGCUUCAAUCGGAGCUGCCAUCUCAAUUACCAUCAGAGAGUCCACACCGGGGAGAAACCUUAUAAAUGUUUUCAGUGUGGAAAAAGUUUCAGUCAGAAAGUAAAUCUCACAUAUCAUCAAAGAAUUCACACAGGGGAGAAACCAUAUAAAUGUUUAGAGUGUGGAAAGGGCUUCAGAGACAGUUUUAAACUAACUUGUCAUCAAAGAAUUCACACAGGGGAGAAACCAUAUAUAUGUUUGGAGUGUGGAAAGGGCUUCAGAGACGGUUCUAAACUUUCCACACACCAAAGAAUUCAUACACUGGAGACACAAUAUAAAUGUUUGGAGUGUGGAAAGGGCUUCAAAGAUGGUUCUAAACUUUCUGCCCACCAAAGAAUUCAUACGGGAGAAAAACGAUAUAUAUGCUUGGAAUGUGGAAAGAGGUUCAGUAAGAGCUCCCAUCUCACCUCCCAUCACAGAAUUCACACAGGGGAGAAACCAUAUAAAUGUUUUGAGUGCGGAAAGGGCUUCACUCAGAAGAUUAAUCUCACAACUCACCUUAGAAUUCAUACUGGGGAAAAACCAUAUAAAUGUUUGGAAUGUGGAAAAAGUUUCAGUCAGAAGAGAAAUCUGACAAAUCAUCAAAAAGUCCACACAGGGGAGAAACCAUAUAAAUGCUUGGAAUGUGGAAAGAGCUUCAGUAGAAGCUCCUACCUCACUUCCCAUCAAAGAAUUCACAUAAGGGAGGAACUAUUUUAAAAAAGUCUGUGUGUGGUGGUGGAAUAGUGUGAAAAGAGUUUUCGAAGGAGUACAAAUGUCUGUUGUCAUCAACAAACUUAGCAAGGGAGGAAAACCGUAUUUAUGCUUGAGUUAGUAAAACUCUCAGUAAGAAGAAAGAGCUCAUUUCUCAUAAAUGAAGUCACAUGUGGAGAAUCCAUAUAAAUGCUUAUGAAAGUGAGGUCUUUAAUCUGCCCCAAUAGGGAAGAGGGUGGUGACCAAACAGAACCUCAGAGGCUAAAAUUCGAUUGGAAAUACUUGUUUUAAAUACAUCUUCAGAGAACCAGUUAAUGCAUUUUGUUUAGGAAAAGCGUAAGCAUAAUACAGUGAAAGAGAAAUCAACAGCACUUAAUGUAUAAAUUAAUCUUAGGUAAGGGAGAAAUAUUGAGGAACAGUAUAUGCAUUUAAAUUAAAGUUAUUAGAUUUUAUUUUACAUGCAUAUACUGUUCAUCAUAUCUCAUGGGAAAAUACAGAGGGAAAUAAAACAUCAGAUAAAGUUGCUGUCCAUGCAAGGAUUACAUGUAAGGUUAUAAUUAAAAACAUUUAACCACUGCUAAAUUCUACAUUGGCCCGCCUAAACGCCAUUAGCCCUCUUGUUAAACUGUACUAAAUCCCCAGCUAUCCUGACUAAGAGAGCCAGUGUGGUGUAGUGGUUAAGGUGGUGGACUACGACUUGGGAGACCAGGGUUCGAAUCCCCACACAGCCAUGAAGCUCACUGGGUGGCCUUGGGCCAGUCACUGAUCCUCAGAGGGGGCAAUGGUAAACCCCCUCUGAAUACCGCUUACCAGGAAAACCCUAUUCAUAGGGUCGCCAUAAGUCGGGAUUGACUUGAAAGCAAUAAAAUAAAUAAUAUCCUGACUAAAUGGCCUUUUCAUUUAAACACUGGUGGGGAAAACUCUGGCCUGUGGGCCAAUCUAGGCCUGCCAGCAGGUCCAGUUUGGCCCAGGAGGGAAUUUUCCCCAAACUAUGCCUUCCCGUCCAUCUGCUGACAUCACUCAUCUCACAUUUCACCUUUAAACCCAACAGCAAGGGCUUUUGACUGGUGGAUGGGACAACACAUGUAAUUGGCAGGGUAUAGCCCCACCUACCUAUCAGAUUUGGCUUAUGAGGUCAAUCCUGAUAAGGAUCUGGCCCACGGAGCCAAAAACGUCCCCAAUCCCUUAUUUAAAAGCACAACAUUGCUACCAAUCCAGAAUGGAAUUCCAAGGCACAGACUCCCGUGGUCUUAGAUGAAACGUAUGCAUGUUAGUGGCAGAGCAGAUGCAGUGGUUCUCUGGAUCCAUUUCCAUUUGGGUUCAGGCAUGGUUUGGGGAUUGAAUCAGUCUUGGUCACUUUGAUGGAUAAUUUAUAUCAAGAUUGGGACAGGGAGAACAAACCUCUGCUCCUGCUUCUCUGUCUUUCUGUGGCUUUUGGUACUGUUGCCCACAGUAUCUACCUGGAUCGGCUCAGUGGGAUGGGUAUUGGGGGCACUGUCUGUCAUUGGUUCCAUUCCUACCUCCAAGGUUGUGUCCAGAGAAUAGCACUGGGGAUCAGGGAUGUGGAGUUGGUACGCCAAACCUUCGACUCCGACUUCUACUGCCUGACUCCGACUCCACCCCAAAAUGCUUCUGACUCCACAGCCCUGGAAAGUGCUGUAAAUGUCUUUUUAAAUUGGAAGCUCUUGUAGGAGCAUUUUUAUCGCUGCCGGAAUAUGUGCUGAUCUUGGCAUCACAGCAUUUGUCUUCAUCUGGGUCCUGUGUCAUACACUGACACACAAAAUGUUUUCCACCUUGAGUUAUGGUGAAAUGCUCAACUACAGCUGACUUCAUGGGAAGCUUCUUUGACAUUUUGAAUUUAUAUUUUAAAAAAUUUGUCAAUCAAAAUUUAUGUUGAAGCCGGAGUCGGAGUCAGUACAUUUCUACCGACUCUUGACUCCACCCAAAAUUGCUCCCGACUCCGACUCCACGACUCUGACUCCACAGCCCUGCUGGGGAUUGUGUCGUGGCCCCCACGGUCCUUGUGUUAUGGUGUGCCGCAGGGCACGAUCCUGCCUCCAGUGCUGUUUAACAUCUAUAGCCGUUGGAAGCAAUCCUUGUGGGACAAAAUGUCGUCAGUACUCUGAUGAUAUGCAGGUCUGUUUCUCCAUAACAUCUGAGCCAGGAGAAGCUGAAUAUGGUCGAGAGCAUUGCCUGGAUGCAGCUGUGGAAUGGAUGAGGGUUAAUAAACUGAGCUUAAACCCUGGAAAGACAGAAACGCUGUGGGUGGAUAGUUCCAGUGUCCGGGAUAUUGGCCCUUUGCCUGUUCUGGAUGGGACUACUCUCCCUUUGAAAGAACAGGUGCGUAGAUUGGGGGGCGUUCCUUAAUCCAUCUUUUCGCUUGAGGCUCAGGUAGCAUCAAUGGCUCAGAGAGCCUUUCACCAGCUCCAACUGGCAUGCCAGCUACAACCACUUUUGGACAAGGAUAGUCUGGCUACAGUGAUUCUUGCAAUGGCAACCUCAAGAAUUGUAAUGCACUCUACCCUUGCACCUGGUCCUGAAGCACCAGCAGGUACAAAAUGCUGUGGCGAGACUCUCGGGGGCAGACUGCCACCAGCAUAUUAACUGUGGUGCUGAAAUGCUUUCACUGCUGCCCAUAAGUUACUGGGUCAGGUUCAAAGUUCUUAUAUUAAUUUUCAAAGGUCUUAACAACUUGGGCCCAGGAUAACUUAAGGGACGCUUGAUCCCUUAUACCUCAACCCAAUCACUGAGAUCUUUGGGGUGUCACUGCCUGUGGUCCCCCAUGACUCAGAUUAUUAGAAUUUAUUACGUGCCCUUCACCCCAAAGUCCCAUGGUGGGUUACUACAAUUUUAAAAUACAAGGUUCAUAAUUACUAGAAGCCAUGCAUUCAAUGUUGUGGACCCAAGUGGAACUCCUUCCCAAAUGAGAUUAGACAGGCACCCUAUGGGUGAACUUACCGCACAGGACUAAAACUUUCUUGUUCCAGCAAGAAAUACUAAAGGUAUUUGUAGUGUUAAUGUUCAGUUUUGUGAUAUGUUAUGGUUUCA